AUGACCAGCCAGGACUUCGUCUCUGAAUUGCCCACCGAGCUCCCCGCGUAUUAUGAGAUGGAACCACCGAGGAUGAUAAGCCGGAUAGACACCGUUGACCCCUGGGGUCCGGACGCGUUUGGGCCGUACGGUCCAGCCGAGCACGCCAACUCGCCCUCGUCCUCUUCCUUGUCGACAUCGAACUCAAUUUCCAAUUUGGAUUCCCGUACGCCAUCCUUUACGAGUUCCUGCGCUACGUCUAUACCGGAAGAUAAUCCUCCUGUACCUUCAAAAGGAUCAAGCAGCAAACGAUCGUGCCCAACCAGCCAUAGAGCAUCGAAAACUUUGUCGCCGGUCAAACCAGGUGUGCGCACCAUUCGCAAGAGCUGCUGGUCGCAUAUGCCAGCACAACGCGGGAAAAUGAAGGAUUCAGUGGCUGAGUACAAAUGGAAUAUGACUGGCUUGGUUGAUCAGAAGGUCUACUCGACGCAAGAGACCGUCCUUGAUCUCCGCAACCACAUGCGCGAGUAUGUCUCGACCAAAGUGGACGCCUUCGCAGCUGGAUUGGAUGAUAAGAUCCUUUCGCUGGAUGAGCAGGUUUUUGCUCCAAAGUCGGCCAGUAUCCAUAAUGAUGAACACUCCGAGCACGGCAAGAAAGACAAAGCCGCAAAGCGAUCAACGGGUGUCUCCAAGGUGCAUUUGUACGAGAACUCACGCCUACCAGCUGUCCUUCCUCAAUUCACAAUUAAUCCUUUUGAAUACCCUCUUAUCCGUCUAGCAGCGCAAUUCUCACACCAAACCUAUAUGAGAAAUGAACCAGAAAAGCACACCUACAUCCCCGCCAACUCCCGCCAGGGAACAAAAGCAAUGGUGAUCGGCUGUGUCGACGACAAGAAAGCGAUUGUGCUCGCGAUUCGCGGCACAGCGAGUCUCAAAGACUGGGCUGUAAACAUGCACACAGAACCCACAUCCCCUGAGGGCUUCCUCGACGACACCACGAACUUCGCGCACGGAGGCUUCCUCGGCGUCGCGAAGAAGAUGAUCCAGCCCAUCGCGGGGCAACUUCGCGCUCUGAUCGCAGAGAACCCAUCCCGACAGUCCUACUCCCUCCUGAUCACGGGCCACUCCGCCGGCGCCGCCGUUGCAGGCCUGCUAUAUUGCCACAUGCUCUCAACAAAAGUGAACUCCGAGCUGGCGUACAUGGGCAGCUACUUUAAGCACAUCCACUGCAUAACCUUCGGCGCACCGCCGUCCGCCGAACGUCCACUCCAUCCCACGCCAUCGCCCGAUAGCGAGGGCUCAUUGUUCUACGCCUUUAUUAACGAGGGAGACCCUGUGCCGCGUGCGGAUAAGGCGUAUUUGCGCUCGCUGUUGAAUCUCUAUACCUCUCCUGCGCCAAACAGUUCGAAAUGGCGCAAAUAUGAGAAAGCCACGAAGAAGCCCCGCUCUGCCAUAUGGGAAGUGCCGCCGGCGCCGCUGUCACUCGCGGGGCAUUUGGUUGUUUUGCGGAGUACGCCGACUGAGCAUGAACGUCCUAUGAUGAGCAAGGGCGAGGUUGAGGCUUGUGUCACCUCUGAUGAUGUAGUUAGGAACGCUAUCUUUGGGGACCCAGGGAUGCAUAUGAUGAAGCUGUAUUCGCAGCGCAUUGAUUCGCUUAAAAAGCAUGCUACCUGGUGA